AUGCAAGACGAUGAUGUUAGUUAUCGUCCAAUUCAUGAUUCAAUACAUAAUAUUAUUUCAAGAUUUGAAUAUGAAGAAGACAAGUUUCUUAGAGAAUUGGAAGAAUUACAGAAGCAGGUCACUGAAAAGUCAUCUUCAACUGAAGAAGUUCCAAUACUUGGAGCAUUAUGCAGUUUGGUUGGUGAAAUUGGUAAGUUACGUCGAGAAAAUAAAGCUCUUCGACAUCAGCUCAAUUCAUCAAUAGAAUCAAAACGUGGUGUAGUUCAUCGGGUAAGCGCGCUUUUAGAAGGUAAGGCAAAUAUUAUUCCCAGAUUUAUGGGUCAAAGAGCAAUUCAUCGAUAUGAUGUUCAAACAGGAGCUCGUGAACGAUUAUCAACACCACCUCAUAAAGAAAGUUUGACAACAAGUUCAUAUUCUACGGAUAUAUCAUCAGAUUUAUCUGACCCAAAUCGUUUAACUUUGCUAUCAACUACCAAAAACGUUCCACCAACAUUAAUUUUACCAAAAAUGUCGGAUUCUGAUGUUGAACAUUCUAUUUUUACUGAAGCCAACAAUGUAACACGUGAAGGACGUGCGGGAAUAAGACGUUCCAAAGUAUUAUCAGUAUUAGAACGAAGAAGUCCUUCAUCAGCAUCAUCGCGUGAUCACUCCGAAAAUAUGACAUCAAGUCAAUCAAGUUUCUUUGAAAUAAUUGGAUUAACGAAGAAAAAAAAAGAAAAGUCAACAGAAAUUAAAAAAGAUCGCUUAGGAAGUAAAAUAAUAUUGAAAAAAAGAAAGCGAAAAAUCAGUGAAAGUAAUUCAGUACAGUCUAGCGAAAAUAAUGCUAAUGAUGCAACAACGACAAGUACAAGUAAUACAACAAGUAAUCGAAACAUUUACGUGGAAUCAAGUGAUGAUAAUAGACAAUCAUUUCUUCAAAUUCCUAAGCAAUAUCAUUUGCUACGACAAAAAGAAGAAGAAAGAGCGCAAAAAUGUUUGCGCAGUAAAAAUUCAACAGCAGUAAGCGAAGAAAAUGAUGAUAGUUAUCGUCGUCAUUGCUUUAAUCGAACUUCUAAAAGUAUUGCAGAUGCAAAAUGUUGUGAGUCAAGACUUCUCUUAAGACCAAAUUAUUUGUCAAAUCGAGAAUCAUAUGAUAUUAGUAAUCGUGAUGAACGCAUUCGACAAUUACUUGAAAUUAUGCCAUCUUAUGAUGCUCUUUACUCGUUUACUAUAAGUGUUGUACGCAAGUUAGGUCGACUUCGAGCAUCAUAUAUUGAAAAAAAUAUGUAUGCAAAUCGAUCUGAUUUUGAAGUAAUGCAUGCUCAGUCAUCUUUACUUAUUACUCAUUCUCAGUUGGAACGAUUGAAGUUGCAACUUCAAGCAGUUUCACAACGUAGGAUAGCAAGGCCUGCUUCAUAUCACGGCGAGGAUUUACUUCAGAAAAUGAUUAAGCCAGAAAUAAACUUUCUAUUACCAUUAAAAUUACAUGGUUCUCGUAUUCGUAAGCAUCAUCGUUCAGUUUCUUGUGCUAUGGAAUCUGAAGCAGAGGAAAAUGAACAAAGCAUUGAGAAUGAAUUUUUGCGAUUAUUUGAUUAUGCUAGAUGUUUGUCAAGAAUAUCAGAAUGUGUAACAGUAAAAAAAACAUCUGUAGAAAAAGUUGGCAUUCCAAAUUCAAGUUUAAAAAACAAAAAUGAUCUCUCAAGUACAGCAGUUAUUCGAAAACCAAAUAAACCAGGGAUACGAAUUAAUUACUCAAGCUCACCAACACGUCCACAGGAACAACUAAAAAAUUGCUUCCAAAGAAAUCGUAAAAUAGAAUUAGCUGCACGUCCUGUGAGCCUGGUCGAAACAGAAGGUAGAACGUUAACAGUAGGAGAUAAUACUCAGAAUUCACCAGGUUACGUAGUUAAAAAAUCAAAUGUAGAAGGAAAUGCGCCACUUUCGUUAAAUUUACAUCCACUGAUCAGUCAAGAUCAAACGCAAACAAUUGUUUCUUCACUACAAGACAUAAGAAAUCAUUGCGCUCAUAGUCCACAUUCAACACCACUUAUGAUGCGACGGAUUAACGAACGAUCAAGAAAUAGCAAUCAGCAUGGAUUAGCUGAUUCAUUCGCAGGAAAUCAGUCAGCUACUUGCGAUAUACCACUUUCUCAAAGUAACGCUUCAUCGGAUUAUGUAUCUAUCAUCACAAAACAAAUCCAUACAAGUCCAGAAAAGCAACCGACGACACCAAAAAGAUCACUAUUAAGUAAUUACGGAUCCAAACUACGACAUCCGACGAGCAGUAAUUACCCAAUUGCUGCUGUAUCACAACUAGUUCAGGAGAAUGUUCACGCGAACAAUUCUGAUAAUAGAAACAUCUGCCGAUUACGACGAAAUCCCGAAGUUGCUGGAAUGAUCAAGGGAGAAACAUCAGUAACAACAACAAAAAUAUCUGCUGUACCAAAAAUCUUUGAGAGAAGUCGACUUCCAAAAAUAUCGACAGCACAAACAGAGAAGAAACGGGGUUCAUGGUUAAGUAGAAUUAAAGCAGUUAAGAAGUAA